AUCCGCCCAACAGCGUGCGAUUUCUAUAUCACGUCAGGCCAAACCUUUCUUUGCAGAGGAUAGCUUUAGUGGUUCAAAUAUAGAUUAAACUCCUUGUACCUCCUCGGUUUAGCUCCAUUCAUCGCACAUAUUAUCCAUAAUGGCUUCUCAACUCCUUCCCCUCGAGCUGAUCGACAAGUGUGUCGGUUCUAGAAUUUGGGUCAUCAUGAAGAAUGACAAAGAAUUCGCUGGUACUUUGCUCGGGUUUGAUGACUACGUCAACAUGGUUUUGGAAGACGUGACUGAAUUCGACUACUCCGGCGCUCAGGUUAAGCUCCCCAAGAUCUUGCUAAAUGGAAACAACGUCUGCAUGUUGAUCCCUGGUGGUGAAGGACCGGUCGGUAGCUCUUAGUUUCUGAUAUCCAAUGCUUUCUACUUGCUUUGACGAAAAAAGAAAGAUUUGUGAAUGAUGUUAAACGAUAUCUUAUAGAUUCUAUUGUAAUUGCAAAAAUAUGUUGAUCAACUAUCUAGAUUGUUUAUUCGAUUGCGCCACCAUGUACAAACAUUCCUCUUUUCGCAGUAAAUAUCUAUCUCUUGUAUGGCGGAGAUAUAAGCGCGAUCCGGAAGAGAUUAUAUAUAACUUAAAUGUCAACUACGUGCAUUGGGCCUAGAACCUCUUGUUCUGACUUUCAUAUUAGUGAUUAGUUGUCCAAUGAGGUGAUUUUAUUCGGCCAACA